GUUCGCUCGCGUCUGAAGCGGUUGUGUGCGCGCGCGCCUCGAGAAGUGGUCGGUGGCUUUGUGUCCGUGUGCGAUCCGCGUUGCCCACGACGGGGAGUGUACACGACGGCUCUUCUCAGGUCAACAUGUCCAGCAAAAUCUGUGGCGGGUCUGUGGUGGAGAUGCAAGGGGAUGAGAUGACUCGAGUAAUUUGGGAAUUGAUUAAAGAAAAGCUCAUUUUCCCUUAUGUGGAUCUGGAUCUGCACAGCUAUGAUUUGGGAAUAGAGAAUCGGGAUGCUACUAAUGACAAGGUCACCUCAGAGGCUGCCGAAGCCAUAAAGAAAUAUAAUGUAGGCAUCAAGUGUGCGACAAUCACCCCAGAUGAGAAGAGGGUUGAGGAAUUCAAGCUGAAGCAGAUGUGGAAGUCGCCCAAUGGAACUAUCCGAAACAUCCUCGGGGGCACUGUCUUCAGGGAAGCCAUUAUCUGUAAAAACAUUCCCCGACUUGUGUCUGGCUGGGUAAAGCCAAUCAUCAUAGGCCGUCAUGCCUAUGGAGACCAAUACAGGGCAACAGAUUUUGUAGUUCCUGGACCUGGUAAGGUGGAGAUGGUUUACACACCCCAGGAUGGCAGCAAAGCAGUGACAUAUUUGGUCCAUAAUUUUGAAGCUGGUGGUGGCGUCGCUAUGGGAAUGUACAACCUUGAUCAGUCAAUCAGAGACUUUGCACACAGUUCCUUCCAGAUGGCACUUUCUAAAAGCUGGCCCCUCUACAUGAGCACCAAAAACACUAUUCUGAAGAGAUACGAUGGACGUUUUAAAGACAUCUUCCAAGAGAUUUAUGAAAAGCAAUACAGAAGCAAGUUUGAGGCCAAGAAGAUCUGGUAUGAGCACAGGCUCAUUGAUGACAUGGUGGCCCAAGCCAUGAAAUCAGAAGGAGGCUUCAUUUGGGCCUGUAAGAAUUAUGAUGGUGAUGUUCAGUCUGACUCUGUGGCCCAAGGGUAUGGCUCACUGGGAAUGAUGACCAGCGUGCUGAUUUGCCCAGAUGGCAAGACAGUAGAGGCCGAAGCUGCACAUGGCACUGUGACCCGCCACUUCCGCAUGCACCAGAAAGGCCAAGAAACAUCCACCAACCCCAUUGCCUCCAUCUUUGCCUGGAGUAGAGGACUAGCUCACCGAGCUAAGUUGGAUAACAAUGCAGAACUGAGCACCUUUGCAACCACCUUGGAAGAAGUUUGCGUUGAAACCAUUGAAGCAGGCUUCAUGACCAAGGACCUAGCUGCUUGCAUUAAAGGCUUGCCCAAUGUGCAACGCUCUGACUACCUAAAUACCUUUGAAUUCAUGGACAAGCUUGGUGAAAAUCUGAAGGCAAAACUGGCCUCUCAGGCAAAACUUUAAGCUCUUGCUUGGGCUGGGUAACCUUUUCUGGGUGACACUCAAAGGUUGAGCAAAACCAGCUUUGUGAUUUUUCUAUGCCUCAGAAAUUAAGUUUUUUCUAUGAGUUUUAAAACUUUUCUUACACUUGAGUCCAUCUAUGUCAAUGUCAGGGGGGAAAAGACAUUUUAUAGCCAUUAGUGGGUUCUUUUCUUCCCAGGUUAUUCUUACUAUUACUUUUCUUUUCUUAUUCUGAAGUAGACCAAAAUGGAGAGGGGGUUCAAUAUGAAAGGACACACCACAGUAGCAGGGAUCUCUCCUGCAAUGGUCAGUGUACAGGCUGGCCCUAACUCUUCUUUCCCAACACCAGGCCGGGACCAAGGUGCUGGGUGGGGUGAAUUGAUAGAGGGUCAGGGCUACGAAGAGAGGGAAGGCACUCUGUGGCAGGCAGGAGGAGCGGUGCGAGCCCUGCCAUUGGGAGUCCUGUUAAGUUAAAAGGCAGGAUCUGUCUGGUUUUGAUUCUGUGCAUAACUGGGCAGGGACAGGAUGUGUUUGUGACCAGAAAUCUUGCAUUUCAACAAAAGUGCUCCUAGAGGAAGUUAUUUGUCCGUGUUUCAGAAUUAUGAUUAAAGAUUGCCCCAGCCGUGA